AAACCCGCCAGCAUCUCAGUCACUAACUCGCCGUUAGCUCCUUCCCACCUCGAGCCAAAUCAGCGCUGUCACGUGUGAAGGAGACGACAGCCGCAGUCUUUGGAGUCCGCCCACACACGCGCAUACCUUUCUAAACAGAGGAGCCCCGCGCCUGCGCUGCGCUUUCCCCUGCUCGACAAAUCCGGCCGGUCGCCAUCUUAGAGCCCCCUCCCGCCUCUCUCGCUCUCUGUUUUUCGCCUCCUACGUCACAAGACGCGGCCGCCGGCGCCGCCGGCAGCCAUCUUAAGUCCCUUCAAGCCAUCUCUCCUUUUCCCUCCCCCUCCCAUCGCCGCUCGGCCUCACAAAGGGGGAGGAGUCACGCAGUAUAGGCCAGCUGGCUUGGCGGCGGCUGUGGCUGAGGGAGCCUGAGCCAGGCGAGGGAGAGAGCGCCGGCGCCAGAAGCAGUAACAACACGACGACGAGGGUAUCUCGGUGACGGCGGCGGAGGCCAUGGGACAAUGCGGAAUCACCUCCUCCAAGACCGUCCUCGUUUUUCUCAACCUCAUUUUCUGGGCAGCAGCAGGUAUCUUAUGCUAUGUGGGAGCCUAUGUCUUCAUCACGUAUGAUGACUAUGAUCACUUCUUUGAAGAUGUUUAUACACUCAUCCCUGCAGUGGUUAUCAUAGCAGUAGGGACACUUCUCUUUAUCAUUGGUCUGAUUGGCUGUUGUGCCACAAUCCGGGAAAGCCGCUGUGGACUUGCUACAUUUGUUAUCAUCCUCUUGUUGGUUUUUAUCACUGAAGUUGUGGUGGUUGUUCUAGGUUAUAUCUACAGAGCAAAGGUGGAGGCUGAAGUCAAUCACAGUAUUAAGAAAGUAUAUGACGCCUAUAAUGGGACUAACCCGGAUGCUGCAAGCCGGGCGAUUGAUUAUGUGCAGAGGCAGCUGUGCUGCUGUGGGAUCCACAACUACAGUGACUGGGAGACAACAAACUGGUUCAAGGAAACAAAAAACAACAGUGUCCCCCUCAGCUGCUGUAAAGCCACCAUCAGCAAUUGUACAGGAAGCUUGACUCGUCCCACAGACCUUUAUGCUGAGGGAUGUGAGGCUUUGGUUGUAAAGAAACUACAAGAAAUCAUGAUGUAUGUUAUCUGGGCAGCACUGGCAUUUGCUGCCAUUCAGCUGUUGGGCAUGCUGUGUGCCUGCAUUGUGCUCUGCAGGAGGAGUCGGGAUCCUGCUUAUGAGUUGCUCAUCACAGGAGGAACCUACGCAUAGAAGAAGCUGCAAACCUAAGCUUGAACUCCAUUUUUCCCCCUCCAGAAGGUGGCUUGGCUGGGUCAGCUGCAGCAGUUACCUUGCUGACAUCAAUUUGCUGAAAGUGCACCUUCCAUAAACUGGGACAGCUAGCACAUACACUGGUGAUGGACAAAAGGGUUGGUACUUCCAUAUUACUGUGAUCCCCCCCAACUAUUUUAGCCAAUUUUCCACAUAUGACAGUAACCAAGUAAAUACUAUUUUUGAAACCAUUUAUUAAGGGGAGAAAAUAGCUUGGCAUGAAAGUUAAACUGGGUAAGUUACUGUUAGAUGUUGUACUGAUUUGAUUCUUUCAUGUGGAGUCCUGAUCUUCACUGGGUGAAAUAAUUGGCCAAAGUUGGAUGAGGGAAGUUUAUUACCUUAAUUCUGCAACACCAGUUUCUUUUUUGGCUGCUUGUCUGUCACCAGUGUGUGUUGAGCAUUAAGUCCAGGACACUACAAAAUGACUACUAACCAAAAUUUUAGAAUCAAACGAGUGCAUCCCUUGACUUUAAAUUCAAAUGAACAAAUCUUCCAAGCAUUUAGUGUAACACUAAAAUACAUGCUGGCUUUUCAGGAGUAUAAUGUAUGCACUACUGUUCUAUAAUGAAUAUUUCAGUUUUUUUCUAUGAAGAGGCUGUUUAUGUGUUGAGUGAAUUGUUAUCAUAGAGUAGCAAAAUGUGAAAGUGAAAUGUAAAUAGGAAACUUGAUUAAAUAAAUAAUCUGUGCAUCUCUCUUCAAACUGAA